UCGGCGACGAGCGACUUUUGCGCGGGUUUGACGGAUCUAUCAGCCGUGCCGUCGCGAAAAAGGCUCGACGCGAGAGAGAAAAAGAGAGAGAGAGAGUGUGUGUGUGUGUCAAAGUCUCGGAGAGCUGUGCGCUCUGCAGACGGUAGGUCGUGGGAAGGCGACCGCCCGGACGCGCGACCAGCUUCAGGCCGAUCGUGCGGGCCCCGAAGAGGACCGUCCGCGCGAGUCCGCCGCGUUUCCCGACGAAGGGGACGCUCGAAACGCUCGAUCGACGUGACGUAAGAGCGCCACGGUGCCAGCCGCGGUACACGGCACGUCGCCGGGCGUCGGAACGCUCGCCCUCGUCCAUCGAGAGAACCCGGAGCAAGAGGGACCGAGGGAGUGGGACAGAGCGAGAGGGGCGGCGAGAGUCAGACCCGCUGGAUCCACCUAACCCAAAUCGAUCGCCGCGACCGGGCCGGAGGAGGCGCUGGCUCGGUUCCCCUUUAUCGCCGUGGAUCUUAUCGAUGGUGCGCGAGAACCGAUCGGUCGCGAGCGCGUCGGUUCCGAUCGCCGGCUGUGAGAUCAUCGUCGCGCCAACAUUAUGACGGACGCCCGCCCUCGCCGCGACACCAAGGACCCUCCUGCCUGCCGCCCGCCCCGCGCUCUGCCGCUGCCGCCGCGCGAACACGGCGAGGGAGUCGCGGGGGAUGCGCGAGCGUGAGCGCGAGUCAUCGCGAGGCGUCGGUGUGUGAAACGCCUGGGCCUCGGGAGGCCGGGAAUAGGUCGUCCAGGGAUUUACGCUCGGGUGUCGUCGAUCGUCCCCCUCCCCCAGCCAACCAUGAAGAAGCAGUUUUUCCGGGUGAAGCAGCUCGCCGAUCAGACCUUCUCCAGAGCUGGUAGAACGGAGGUGUUGACGGAUGAUCUGGUGGCCGCUGACAAGCAUGUCGAGCAGAUCAGAGCGGCUCUCACCGGUCUCAGCAAAAGACUCGGGAAUCCACCGAACCAGACCAUCACGCAAGAUCCGGCUCUCAAGGAUAAGCGUUUGAAAAAAUCCCCCGAGUACAUACUCGGGCAAACCAUGUUGGAGAACGCCGGCGAGGACGGCCUCAUGAGUUUCGCGCUGGUGGAGUGUGGACGAGUGCAGAUGUCAUUGGCUAACGAGGCCGUGGAACAUGAGGCUAAAGUCGAACAAUAUGUGGCCGCCCCGCUGCAGCAUAUUUUAGACACUGAUGUACCAAAUAUAUUGAAGUAUAAGAGAAACCUAGCGCGUCUUAUUUUGGACAUGGACAGCGCCAGAACGAGAUACUUCCAAGCGAUGAAACACAGUACUGGUACAGGCGCAACAAAGAUAGACAACUUGAGGGAAGAAUUGGAAGAUGCCGAAUCGAAAGUUGAGCAAUGCCGAGAUCAAUUGGCCGCAGAGAUGUUCCAGCUCAUGUCGCGGGAGACUGAACUAGCUCAGACGAUUAUUCAGUACAUAAAACUUCAGCGGGCAUAUCACGAAAGUGCGUUGCAUUGUCUCGAAGAUCUUAUACCUACGAUGGAGAGCUAUAUUAACGAUAACGAAAUGAAGCCAGUCUACGGGUAUCCUCUCGAAGAACAUCUUAGGGUAACAAACAGAAAAAUCGCACUGCCCAUACAGCUGUGUGUGUCCGCGCUACUGCGUCUGGGUAUAGAGGAGGAGGGUCUUUUCAGAAUCGCUGGCGCCGCCUCGAAAUCACGGCGAAUCAAGUUGAGCUUGGACGCCUGCUGUCUCAACUUAACAACGGCCCUCGAAUACAAAGAUCCUCAUGUCAUUGCUGGCGCGUUGAAGUCAUAUCUACGGGAGCUGCCGGAGCCUUUGUUGACGUACAAAUUGUAUCCCGAAUGGAUGGCCGCCGCAAAAAUCACGCAUAGCGACAUGAGAUUACGAGCUCUCUGGGAGGUGUUACACAAGUUACCACCGGCGAACCUGGAAAACUUGCGGUUUUUAAUUAAGUUUCUAGCUGUGCUCACGAAGAAUCAGGAUGUAAAUAAAAUGACGCCGCAGAACAUCGCCAUCGUCAUCGCGCCGAAUCUGAUUUGGAGUCCGCAAGAGGACGCAAAUACAAUAGUGAUGAACAUGAGUACAGCGAACAACUCUAGUCUUAUAGUAGACCAAUUAGUCACGUACGCGGACUGGUUCUUCCCCGGCGAGGUGGAUUUUGAUCGCGAUCUGGAAAUCGGCAUCAUCAACGAUACGGAACAUCAGAUCGUCGGUAUGCGCCGCUGCGUUUCCAACAGCAGCCUCAGCGAUCAUGGCGAGAGCCCGACGCAGGGCAGCCCGAAACCGGCGGCGCGCCGAAAGAAUAAACCGGCGCCGACGCCGCCGGGCGGCAAUACUCCGGACCGGCACGACAAACCACCGCCGACGCCGGACAAACCACCGAGAGUCUUGACGUCUACUCUGAAUCGGUCGACGUAUAGAAGCCAAAAGCACGAGGUGAACACCGAAUUGAUACGACACGAGAGCAACGUGGAGAAGCACGAGAAGCAGCCGGAGGCGGACGCGAAAUCGCAGCCGGCCUCGGAGUCGAUCCCGACGGACGUUCAGCCUGCCGAUAAUCCCGAGCGGUCGCAUGAAACCGCCGUUCACCAAAGUGAAGUCUUCAAUUACAAUGAAGCGGACAAAAGUGUUCAAGAACCGCAGAAAUGCGAUGCGAAAGUAAGUGCGCCGAGUGCGAAGGAGAAACCAAAUGGCAACUCGUCCGACAAUGCGAGUGUCGCGAAAAUAAUUACGGAGAUGGAGCAUAACGAGACUACAGUGCAGAGACCAAAACCAGUGCCUACGGAGAAGCCAUCCACGUUAGAGAGGAGAAGACCGGUCGCCGCGCCAAGAAGUAUAACGAAUAUUGUGCACAACACAGCAGAAGAGGUAGUCGAGUUACGUAAAAAGUCAGAUAGUAACACGCACGCGACACCCAAUGACAGAAGCAGUAAACCGGCGAUACCAGAGCGACCGCCCGGCUUGAUUCGUCCGUCGAGUCUCAUCAGGCAACAGCCGCGUUCCACUAACGAGAAUCCAGAGACCGAUCCAGGGCCCUUAACGCUGGAACGGGCCCACGUGUAUUCCGUGGACAAACAGCAGGUCAGUAUAAUACAAGUGCGUGGGGGGAACAACGCCAUCCCGGGCGAGAGCACUGGCAACACGGCAACUUCGAACUUGCAGAGAAGCCCAAGCGUGGGUAGUAGGCCGUCGUCGAUGUCGUUGUACGGCCCCGAGCGCCCGGAAAAGCCCGAGAGGCCGGACGCGCCGCACGAGCAAACGAAAGCGCACGCGCGCACCAGAUCGGAAGGUAAUAUCAUAGACGUCCAAACGCAGACCAAUACAGUGGUGACGGUGCUCAAGUCGCCGCAGCAGAAGCCGGCCUCGCCGAGGAUCCAUCAGCGGCCGCCGAGGCCGCAGCCGCCGCCGCCGCCGCCGCCUACUGCACGAUCUAAGUCGGAUCAUGAGAGCACCAAUCUCUAGCGGAGCACGGAACGAGGCAGGAGGCGAUCGCGACCUUAAGAAAGGGACUCUCGAGGACUCGCCGAUUUAUCGCAGCUGAGAACGCGGUUUUACACAUGACAAUAUGUCACCGAUGAAAUCCUGUCAAGUGUGGAUAAGGAUUGUAAGAAGUUUAAUGGAAAUCUUCGUUGAAAUGAGAAAGCAUCAGUGAUGAGUAUUUAUACAGAGGCACAACCGACGGCCGUUCGUCGGUUAAUUGAAAACGAGAGGCGAUCGUAUUCAUAAGUUUGAUAUAAGAUUCGGACACAGAGUUACUCUAUUUUUUUCCGUGAUCUCCCUAUUUAUACGACUUCUUAUUGUAUCUCGACGGAUGAUCCUUAGAAGAGCAGUCUGACAAUUGCCAUUGUACGAAGGGAAGAAAAACGGGAGGAGGACCCAAGUGUGCAUCUGGAUAGUCUAAAAGACAUUCGGCAGCUGUCGGCACGCCGCGUGUCGUUUCCAAACCGUUUCUAGGUACAUAUCUAAUUUCGUAAUUGACCAUAAUAUUUUUGCAGCCUACUACCGACUUUUAUACUUAUUGCUAAUAAGGAAAAACGAAUUCUACGAGUAAGAACACUUUUGCAUUUUCACUAAGCGUUGAAGCGCACAAGAAGGUUCGGUGCGCUUAAUAUACGUGAGAAAUAUAAUUACAGGAUUGACUUUUCAACCCGCGAAACAUUAAACGACAGCAUUUGCGCUCACAAUACGAAUUUUCAACCGAUACGUCCAUUGAGAGAAAAAAAACGAAUUAAAGUACGGGAUGAUCAAUAUGUUGGAAUUGAUUCAACGGGUGAUAUUUAUUAGUGAAGAUUGUUUGUUAAUCGUUGUGGAACGCUGGAAGAGAUGAACGUAUCCGCGCUUUAUAUUUAACCGAUUUGACGUGCGACCCUGAAUUACUGUUAAUACCUAAGAUUCGAAAGAACUUUUAAUAUAGUUAGACUAUUAAUUUUUACAUGUUUAAAUCACGGUAUAUUUCCAUGCAAUGAACUCGUGAUCCUGAAUUGAUCAGACUAAGAUUAUCGUGCCGGAAGGUUGCGUAUGUGCGUACACGUCAUAUACAUAUAUAUCUACAGGGGAUUUGUCAAGCACACGAUUAUCGUAGCCUCAUAUAUUAGUGGAAUGUCAAAUUUAUGAUUUUACCUUGUUAAAAAAUUAUAUACGUAAAUUUUUCAUUCUCAGCUAGUAAUUUAAUUGAGUAGUUUUAUAACGAUUUCCGGACUCGGAUUUCAGACGUUUUCGCCGGGUGUUUAAACGAAAUUCGUUUUGUACCACAAGCAAGAGAUCUCGAGUUUGUUGUAUCUUGUUUUCAUUGAGAAUGCUAGAUUUGUCAAAUUUAAGAAAUUAGCAUUAUGGUUAACAUUUAUUGCUUAUGUCUAAUAUAUAUCUAGAUAUAAAACAAUUGAAGAAUCGAGAAUAAAUCGGGACAUGUAUAUUUGUUAAAAGUUUUUUUGUUUAAAAGUUCGUGCAAUGGAUCAAUAAAGUUUUUACUUUACGAUAAAAUCAUUACAUGAUAAAAAAUGUACAGUUAUUCGUUAAAAAGUAAAAAUGCAGUAUUAUUGAAUAUCCAUUUAAUUAUGGAUAAAAAGAUAGAUAUACUACGUUAACGAUGAUUAUAUUUUAUGAAAUUGUAAGAAAAUAGAGUUUAUCAUCGGAGUAAAUCGGCAUUGUCGGAACAGAUCUUGAAAUUAUAUAAUACAGAUUAUAUAAUUAAAGAGCUGAUAGUUUUUUAUUUUUUAGAUUUCACUUUUAUUGUUGCUACAAAUAACAAACCUUGCAUUCUCUACAAAUUUCCGUGCGCUUAUUUCGUAAUUGGCAUCGCUCAUAAUGUUAAUUAGGCAGCGAGUGAAUUAAAAAAAAUCUAGCCAAUGACAAAUCACGCAUUUACCUAAGGUGUGCUUAGGCUGUGAAUGUAAUGGACUAUUAGAGGAGUUUAUUUGUACAUAAAUAAAGAUUUACUCUAUUAGAAA